UUAGGGUGUGUUUGGCAGGUCGGCUCUACUCAGAAUUUCGCUCCUCACCCGACUAUUGGUUGUUUGUUAGGUCGGCUCACGUGCCUCCACCCUGCCCAGGAGAUACGAAAAAGGGCGCUCCGCCCUGCCGAGCAGCGAAGUGGAAAUCGAGCUUCGCUCGUGAACUCGGUCGAGCGCGCCCCGAAAACAGAGACCCGAGCCUCCCGAAAAUAUCUCCGCGCAUCCAGCUCCAGAGGGGUAGACCUCUUCCCGUCACCCCAACCCCUUCCCCACGACCAGACCAUCUUUCUCCUGCGAGUCGCCAAAAAUCGCCGCCGCCGUUCGCCGCCAAGGACGCCGCCUCCCCCGCCUCCCCGAGACACCAGCCUAGGUCCUCGAGAUCUCGCGCUCGUCUCUGCCUCCCGUGAGACCCCGCCGCUCCUCCCAGGGCACCCUCGAGAUCCAGAUCGAGCUGCCAUGGAGCAGGCGAAGCUCGACCGUGGCAGCCGUCCUUGAUGGUUGAGGCGGCCCUCCUGGAGCUCGCACGGGCCUCCUCCUCCAACGCCUGGUCUUGAGCAGCAGCAGUACAACACGAGUCCAGCCCUAGCAGCUCCAUCGAUCUGCACUUCUCCGAUCGUCUCCGGCCGGAUCUGCACAAGCUGUGAAGAUGGCUGAGGUUGUGGAGGAAGUUCCGGAAGUAGGUGCUAAAAUCAAGAAGACCGCCAAGAUGAUGACUUGGACCCCUCCAAUGUCAGCGUGCAUGAUGCGCUGUCUCGCCGGCAUAGCAGCAAAAGGUGUGAAGACGGAUAAAGGAUUCAAAGAAGUCCAUAUUACCAAGGCUGCAAAAGAGGUAUCAGAACUCGUUGGAUAUGAAGUGACUACGACACAAGUGACCAAUCAUCUCCGUAAGUGGAAGACAAGGUAUCAAAGAAUUGAAAAAUUGAGAUUACUAAGUGGGGCGCUUUGGGAUGAUGAACAAAAGAUGAUUGUUCUAGAAGAGCAACAUUAUGUGGGCCACACCACGGAUACUCCUAAGGAUGCUGAAAUUCUGAACUCACCACUUGUCAACUUUGAAUAUAUGGAAACUUGCUUUGCUGAUAAGCUAGCCACGGGUAGGUUUGCAAUGGGUUCUAAUGAGCCUUUGGGUCAACCCAUUGAAGUGGAGUGUCCAGGAAAGCCUAUUGAUUUAGAGAGCGGUGAAACAACUGGAGAAGGGUUUGUUGAAGCUCAAGCCCCAUUUGACUUUGGUGUUCAAGGUACGGAUGCAACUACUCCUUCCCCUUCUUCUGGCUCCAACAAGAAGAGAAAGAGGGCUUCUAUGAUGAGUGAUGAAGAUACAAUUCAGGUUAACAACAUGUCUGAUGCAUUGCGGGUUGUGGCUGGUGCUAUCAAUAACACAUGCCAUGCUGAAACACACCCAGAUUUGUGCAAAACUAUUAUGGACCUUCCUGGUUUUGAAAUGGAUCAAAAGCUGGCUGUUUUAGAUUAUCUGACAGAGCAUAAGGGUAAAGGUCUAAAUUUUAUGAAAAUGGAAGAUAAUGUUCGUGAAGCAGCAUUCAAGCGCAUCAUAGCCAAGAAUCCUGAUCUUGUUUGACUUCUUAAACGUGGAUGCAAUAUCUAUUUUGUAAUGCUAAUGAGAACAUGUAUUAUGCAAUAUUAUGGACAAAGACUUUGUAAUAUUGGUCUGCAUGCUGAAUCAUC